AGUGGACCUGCUCUUGGUCCAGCCACAUUGCGAAAGUCCAACCUGUGACAAAGUAAUAUUUAGCAGAGAUAUCCGCGGUCGGCCGUUCCAACAGUUCAGAGGAGUGGACCUGCUCUUGCCCCAGCAGCACUGGGAACGGCCGACCGGGAACAAACUGAGAAGUCAGCAGAGAUAUCCGCGGUCGGGCGUUUGGAGUCUCCACUGCGUGUAUAGAAGCCUCGCUGAUCCGGGCUAAAUGGCAUCCUCUGGGUUUCUACUCUGAGCAACAAGGGCUGAAACUCCUUCUCUGUGCGGAGCCUUAGCCUAAUGGAUACCAUAACAAUAGCUGUGAGAUGGUGCUGUGUCCCACAGGCACACAUCAACUUUGUGACCGAUGGAAUCACAAAGUGGUAUAUGAGCAGAUGGAUAUACAAACAUUCUAAAACCAAAAAUCAGACAAUCAUUUGUGUCCAAGUAGAAUUUAAAAGAGUCUCUGCGUAUAUUCAACAGCUCCUAAGUGUGAUGAAAGCUCUAUGGGUGGAACCGGGACGUGGCUCAAUGGACUGGGAAGCAUUGGAUACACUGCUGGAUGACACACCUCUAGUGCCUGUCAGCACCAACAAAUACAGUGUCACGCACACCACCAUGAGACCAGGGGACAGCUUUUAUUACCAUGUGUGUAACACGGUGGAAUUAGUAAAAGGGCGCGCGUGGAUACUCAGGAGGGAACUGAUGACCAUACUUAAGCUGCACAGCAAACAUGAACCUCACAGUGUUACGCUGUUAGUGCCCGGGACCGCAACAAGGAUGAUACAUGUGCGAUGCACCGAGCCCCAGCGAAUAUACGAGCUGUUCAAGAAGUAUGGCCUGACAUGCUCCAAUGUCUGGGAUUCCAGAACCUCCCUGUCUGCCACGGCUCCUUGUACAGCACUGUGUGACCUCAACAUGACCACAGUUAAUGUGAACAGGAUCGCGGAGAAUGAUGCCUUGGGCCAGGAACCUGAGGUGUCCAAUUUCUACCACAACAUGAAAUGCAUCCGAAUACAAGCAAAGCGAGACGCGCUGAAACACAGACCCUACAACUGCCAUCAGCCAGUGUUGACGGAACCUGCUCGAAUGAGACUCAGCCCGACUGCAUAUCAGUUGCCCUGUACUACUACGAUCGAAUGGCCAAACUGGGAGAUGUCAUCAAGUCCGAAGGUCGGUUCGUACCGUCUGUCCAGUAUUCAAAUCCAGAGGAGUGGUCUGGGGAUAGAUAUGUGUUGGAACUGGAACCAGACAACAACGUGAUCAUUACGGGUAAGAACACAACAAUCUAUAUCCAUUUGGUGUAACAGUAACUCUUAUUGCCAGAGAUGUACACUAAAAGUCCACAAAUGAAUUCUCAUGUUUCUUAUCCUAAAGGCGCGGUGCUCCCGGACGGCUCGAAUGCUGAGACAACGCAUGUGGAACCUUACACAUGCCCCUACUGUCUCGAAGACGCAAAUGCGUACCUUGAAUGCGGACACCUGUGUUGUGUGUCCUGUACAAGAAGAGCUAAGAAGAAGAAUUCUCUGGCCUGUGGUGUUUGCAAGAAAGAAACCACCUCUUACAGACCCCUUGAAAUACCACAGAACUUCGAGUCUACGUGCUUCGCAUGCUGCAAAGGGAAAGAGUGGGUCACAGAAUGUGGCCAUUUAAACUUAUUUUUCCGGCCAAACAUGUUAUAGUCCAAUGCCAGCUCGUUUGACAGAAUGUAUUUCAUUAUUCGCCUAGUUGCAUCAUCUACAUUUGUGCCCCCUAUAUCUGCCACCAUGGCAACCUAGGGAUGAGAGUAAAAAGGAGGGAAAAAAAGGCUUACAUGAACUGCCAAGACAAUAAGCUUCAAAGAUUUAAAAAUUCAGCCAUAAAGUAAACUAAACAUUUGAAGUUGUAGCCUUUGUGUAAUUUACUGUAAUGUAAUACAUAUUUUUAUUUUGUAGGCUAAUGCAAAUCAAUUUGGAAAACCAAAAAAAUAACCAGCAGAGAUUAGACUGCGGUCCCCCAGUUGCUCCUCAAGCGCCUCAACAUCUGCU